UCUCGCACGUGUGCGUGCAAGUGUCCUUUAAGUAACCUGUUAGUCCAGUCAAACUCCUCACUUUCAAAAGAAGUAGGGAGCAGCUCUCUCUCUCCUUCUCUCUCACAUCUCCCUCCCUCAUUUCGUCUCGCUCUGCUUGACGUGGAACUCACAGAAGGGAGACAGGAGAACGAGAGAGAGGCUCGUGGAGAAAGAUUAACCUUGAGGAAGAGACGGUGACCACAGAAGUGAAGAUUGGACGGACGUGUGUGUCACUGUCUCUGGAUGUGUGUUUUUGUGAGUAUGUGUACAUGUGUACACAUGUGUGAGAGAGAUUGACAUGGCAGUGACAUACACCUGGACCUGUCUCCUUCUGUGGAUCAGCAUCUCAACUCAGACCACAAUCCCAGAUGCUCACGUGACGUGUGUGUUCUUGGAGGAGUGUGUCCUGCCCUGCAGCUUCCAAACAGACCGUGAUGAGGUCAUCCGCUGGCUCAAACAGGAAGUGCCUGUCCACUCCUUCCAGCGCGGAGGGGAGUGGAGUGAGCAUGAGCAGUAUGCUGGCCGCACCUCCCUCUUCACACACCUGGUAUCCCGUGGUAACGCAUCGCUGCACCUGAGGGGGUGUGGCCCCAGGGACCGCGGCAGAUACAAGUGUCACGUGCGUACCUCUGCAGGCGUGCACGAAGCCCAUGUCAUCGUCAGGGUGGAGGCGCCCGUUCGGGCCCUGUCUCUGGAGUUGUCCAGACUAAGUGGCUAUGAAGAGGUGAAGUGUACCACUCGACAUGUCUACCCCGCCCCUCACGUUGCCUGGGCAACUGACCCACCCACCGCCCAGCCUCUUCGACCAAUAACGCGUAAACUGGCUGACCGACAGGGGCUGUAUGUGGUGGAGAGCCGGCUGAGGAGGCUGAACAGCCAAUCAGAGCUCACCUACAUCUGUACUGUCAUCUCCUCCUAUGGAUCACAGACCUGGACCGCUUCACUCAGAGAAAGAGAGAUCAAUGGAGUAGAAGGGAAGGAUCUGACCAUUCCUUGCCAUGCCCCACCCUACCAGCCUAAAUCCUCCGUCUCCUGGAGUUUCACAAAUCACAACGAAGAGGCCCUCAUCCUCACCUACGACAGCCAAUCACAGCUCAGUUCUGCCUCAGCACCCUGGGAGGCCUGUGCAAGACUGGACGUCCUCAGGGUUCCGCUUGGUGACGGAUCGCUGCAAUUGGUCAACCCAGUCAGUCUGGAACACACAGGGACAUAUACCUGUGUUUACUCUUCCCCCCAGAACACACACACAGAACACACCGGGGUCAACAUCUCAGCUGUCACUGGUGAGCGUAUGCGAAGUCACGAGGAGUCUCGGUGGUGGAUCUUUGCCGUGGUGGUAGCAGUGCUGGCUCUCGCCCUCACAGGAAUUCUGGGAUAUCUUAAAGUCAGAGGUGACCAGUCCAAGCCCAGAAAGAGACCAGAGGAAACCAGUGAGAUGAAGCCAAUGAAAGAAACCACUGCCAAUGAGAGAGGCUUUUCUGUGAGCAGUCCCCUUAACACACGAGAGACCUUGUCGACAAAUGUCAACAUCCUCAACCCCAAACAUGUUCCCGCGGCCAUGCCAGAGACGGCAUGACCUACACAGCUGGUGGAUGGAGCAGCAGUACCAUGAGUAGGUCUACCUGAGGCCUUGGGAUGAGACCUGGCAGGACUGAUGUUACUCACCAUCAGCUGGCCUGGAAGUGAUCCACAGUUACAGCAGUGAACUGUAAUAUUUAGGACACAUAACUGCAAGGGACUUUGUUCACCUGGAGUCUGCUGAUAUUGGCCUUUUAGAGUUUGUCUCUGUUUUUACCUACCUGCGGUGAGCAGUAUGUCAAAACUUUUUUUUAAUGUUUGACAAUAAAUCUAAGUAAUGAA